GAAGAUGUGGCUGAAGCCGGAGGAGGUGCUGCUGAAAAACGCUCUCAAGCUGUGGGUGACCCAGAAGAGCAGCGGCUACUUCGUGCUCCAGCGCCGGCGGGGACACGGCGACAGCGGCGGCCGUUGCUUUACGGGUCGUUUGGUAGGUGCUCUGGAUGCUGUGCUUGAUUCUAAUGCCCGUGUAGCUCCAUUUCGAAUUUUGCUUCAAGUGCCAGGAUCACCUAUUUAUUCUGCCAUAGCAUGUGGUGAGUUAUUGAAUGGAUCCGAAGUUUACUGGGCCAUAGCCAUUGGUGCAACAGAUGAGGAAAUAAAUCAUCAUUGGGAGUGGCUGGAACAAAACUUACUCCACACGUUGUCUGUUUUUGAUAAUAAAGAAGAUAUUGUUAGUUUUGUCAAAGGAAAAAUAAAGGCAUUAAUUGCAGAAGAAACCAGCAGUAAAGUAGCCGAGCAAGAGGAAAAUCCUGAGAAGUUCAGAGAAGCUCUAGUGAAAUUUGAGACCAGAUUUAACUUCCCUGAAGCAGAGAAACUGAUUACCUAUUACUCAUGUUGCUGCUGGAAGGGUAGAGUUCCUCGACAGGGAUGGCUUUAUCUGAGCAUCAACCACCUCUGUUUUUAUUCCUUCUUUCUGGGCAAAGAAUUAAAACUUACUAUUCCCUGGGUUGAUGUCCAGAAGCUGGAAAGAACCUCCAACAUCUUUAUGACUGACAUUAUUCGCAUCAGCACUCAAAGCAAAGAACGUGAUUUUUCCAUGUUCCUUAAUAUUGAUGAGGCAUUCAGGAUAAUGGAACAGCUGGCAGAUGUAACUCUCCGAAGAUUACUGGAUAAUGAGAUCUUUGAACUGGAUCCAGGUCUGCAAGAUCCUACUCAGAUCACCAAGAGGGAUCUUGAAGCCAGAGCACAGAAUGAAUACUUCAGAGCUUUCUUCAGGCUGCCAAAGAAGGAGAAGCUGCAUAAAGUCGAAGACUGUUCCCUCUGGACACCCUUUAGUCGCUGUCAUACAGUUGGAAAGAUGUACACCUCAGAUAGCUAUGUUUGUUUUGCCAGUAAAGAAGAUGGCUGCUGUAAUGUUCUUAUUCCACUUUUAGAGGUGGUUACCAUUGAGAAGAUGGAGGAUACUAGCCUACUUCCAAAUCCCAUCAUUAUAAGCAUAAAAAGCAAGACAGCGUUUCAGUUCAUUGAACUGAAGGACAGGGAUACUCUAGUAGAGAAUCUGCUUCUGAGACUGAAACAAGUAAAGGCUAGCAACACAGCAGUCUGUAACAACAAAAGCAAAGAUAUGAACGUCCAUUCAACAUGUGCUGACUAUCAGUUUGGGGAACUGGGAGUAGUACCUUCCAAAAGCAAUGGGGAUGAAAAUGAUAAAAAUGGCAGACACUCACUGAAUGUAGAGGCACUGAGUUCAACAUUUCGUCAUUCUGGAAUGGAUGGACUAGAUUUUCGAAUGUCUAGGGAGCAAAUUAAAGAGAGCCUAUGGAAUGAUCAUUUUGCCGAGUAUGGCAGAACUGUUUGCAUGUUUCGAACAGAGAAAAUCAGGAAGCUUGUUGCUAUGGGAAUCCCGGAAUCUUUAAGGGGCAAACUCUGGCUUCUUUUCUCAGAUGCUGUGACUGAUUUGAAUUCUCAUCCUGGUUACUAUGAAAGCUUAGUAGAGGUGUCCAUGGGCAUGUGUUGCAUAGCAACAGAGGAAAUAGAACGUGACUUGCAUCGCUCCUUACCUGAGCACCCUGCCUUCCAGAAUGAAACAGGCAUAGCUGCACUGAGGAGAGUCUUGACAGCUUAUGCGCAUAGAAACCCCAAGAUUGGGUAUUGCCAGUCCAUGAAUAUAUUAACCUCUGUUUUGUUGCUGUAUGCCAAAGAGGAGGAAGCUUUUUGGUUGUUGGUUGCAGUAUGCGAGAGGAUGCUUCCAGAUUAUUUUAACCACAGGGUGAUAGGUGCUCAAGUAGAUCAGUCUGUGUUUGAAGAGCUGAUAAAAGAGCAACUUCCAGAAUUAGCUGAACAUAUGAAAGACCUCUCCACUUUGGCUUCUGUGUCCCUGUCUUGGUUCCUCACUCUCUUUCUCAGUAUCAUGCCCCUGGAAAGUGCUGUUAAUGUUGUCGAUUGUUUCUUCUUUGAUGGGAUCAAAGCCGUUUUCCAAUUUGGCUUGGCUAUUCUGGAGGCCAAUGCUGUGGAACUGUGUAGCAGCAAGGAUGAUGGGCAUGCCUUGAUGAUCCUUAGCAGGUUUUUAGACCAUGUUAAGAAUGAGGAAAGCCCACUGCCACUGAUUGGGAAUCAGCAUGCCUUUUUCAGUGAUGAUCUGGAACCCUGUCCUGUAACUGAAAUAACAGAUCUAAUUCGAGAUUCUUAUGAGAAAUUUGGAGACCAUUCCGUGGAACAGAUUGAACACAUGCGCUACAAACACAGGAUUCGUGUUCUGCAGAAUCAUGAAGAAACCACCAAACAAAACGUGCUCAGAGUGGUCAUCCCAGAUGUUUCCAUUCUUCCGGAAGACUUGGAAGAGCUUUAUGACUUAUUUAAGAGAGAACAUUUAAUCAGCAGCUACUGGGAAUGGAACAGUGCAGUUGUGAUUCAGCGCCACGACCCAAGCAGACCUUACGCUGAGCAGUACAGAAUUGACUCUCAGCAGUUUACUAACCUUUAUAAACUUGUCUCACCUUGGACAUGUGGAGAACAUACUGAGGUUCUAGCAGAAAGGAUGUUCCGGCUUCUUGAUAUAAAUAUGAAUCAUGUCAUUGAAUUCAAAGGGUUUGCUGGCUGCCUAGAUAUUAUGUACAAUGGAGAAAUGAAUGAAAAGAUAAAACUGUUAUAUAAACUGCACAUUCCACCUGCACUCACGGAAAAUGACAGAGACAGCCAGUCACCACUGAAAGCCCCUUUGUUGUCAACUUCCAGGCCAUUAGUAAUUGGAAAAUCAAAUGGUGACACCAUAGAUUAUCAGAAGCAACUGAAACAGAUGCUUAAAGACUUAGCCAAAGAGAAAGAAAUGAAGGCUGAAAAAGAACUACCAAAAAUGAGCCAGCGUGAGUUCAUCCAGUUCUGCAAAACCUUGUACAGCAUGUUUCAUGAGGAUCCAGAGGAGAAUGAGUUGUAUCAGGCCAUUGCCACAGUGACUACUCUAUUACUUCAGAUUGGAGAAGUGGGUCAACGAAGCAGCAGUUCUGGCUCUGGUGAAUUUACUGAAGAUCUGCAGACUGAGGCAUCUACAUCCGAUCAGGAUGUGGUUUUUACUGACAGCGCAAAGCCUCCAAAGAAUCCCCAAUCCUUACCCAUCACGGAAGGGGACUGGAUUGUUUCUUUCGAACAUAUCUUGGCUUCACUAUUAACAGAACAGUCAUUGGUCAAUUUCUUUGAAAAACCUUUAGAGCUGAAACCAAAACUGGAGAAUGCAAAGCUGACUCAGUACAGCUGCAAAACAAAUGGUGCCAGUUACCCAUCACGAGGUGAUCCUGAACAUCUGAGUGCACAGUAGCAAAUGUCCAAGACAGUGCACUCAACUCUACACCAAAGCUCAUCAUAUGCAGCAUUGAGGCUUUGUAUUACUGUCUGACUUGGUCUAAUUUUUCUGCCAAAAAGCUUUAAAGCCAAAACACUUAAAGGAAUUUUUGGCACUGUUUCUCUUCUUGAAUGUAACUUAAAAGAAAACAGUCUUCACUUGGAAGAUGCUGCAGAUGUGUUAAAACCAGUUCCCGGAAAACAAUGCAGCUGAACUCUUAGCUUGACAAUUGUGUCUUUAGCUACUGACUACAGGUUUUAUGUAUGGUUGCCUUUUUUGCACUAAUACUGAAUACUUGUUUCAAUGCUGGUAAUUGAAACUAUUAAUAUAUUUGAUUCAAGAUUUGUAUGUCUUGCUUAAAUGUUCAGUGUAUACAUGGGCUUUUUACGUUGGUCCGUGAGAGUGCACUUUUCAAUAAAAAAGCUUUUGUAGUAUAUCGA